AAAAGUACCAAAAAAAAAAAAGUCACUUUGGUUUGGUUUCUGUACUUUUGUCUUAUCAAAUCUCUCUCUCUAACGAAUCCAAAGAGGUCUUUGCUAUCGUUCUCCGUCUCCGAUCAAGGGCAGUUUCGUCACAUCCACACUUCUUUUAAUAUUAAAUUUUUUUUAGUCUUUCGCUUGAGUAACAAGCCAGAAAUCUACCUUUUAUUUUUCUUUUACGGAUAUGUUCAUUUUACUUUAUUUUCUCGGCGAGAAUAUGUCAAAAGAAGAUUACAAAUAAAAACCACCCGUGAAGCCCUGAUUUAGAACCACAUAGCUCUUCUCCAUCUCUGCAUCUGUUCUUCGAUUCAAAGUCUGUGUCUUUUUCUUCCUCCAAUAGUUUUUUAGGAGAUUUUCGAUAAUGGGUUCAGAGCAAAACGACAGCUUCUCCCCCUCAGAGCCGAAGCUCUGCGUCAACGGCUGCGGCUUCUUCGGAUCACCAUCGAACAUGAACCUCUGCUCCAAGUGCUACCGCGACAUCAGAGCCACCGAGGAGCAAGCCGCCUCCGCUAAAGCCGCCGUCGACAAAUCUCUAAACCCUAACAAACACCACACCAAACCACCGCAACAGAGCCUGGAGACCGCUCCGGAGCCAUCCUCAUCGGCGAGCGGCGGAGAUUCCUCCGUAGCUUCCUCAGAUCCGCCGAGGGGGACGAGGUGCUUGAGCUGUAACAAGAAGGUGGGGGUUACGGGGUUCAAGUGCAGGUGCGGGAGCACUUUCUGUGGAGCCCACAGGUACCCGGAGAGCCACGACUGCGAGUUUGAUUUCAAAGGAGCGGCUAGAGAGGCUAUUGCUAAGGCGAAUCCGGUUGUGAAAGCUGAUAAAGUGGAGAAGAUAUGAUUUUGAAGAAGAAAUCGUGUUCUGUUUUCAAGCAUGUCAAGUCUUGGUGUUUGGUUCUUUUUCUGUUCUUUGUUAUGAUUUGAUUUGCUUAAGUGUUUCUUAGGGGAAAAAAAUUAGGAUUCUGCUUUUGUGGUUUCAUGAUUUAUUGUUCUGUAAUAAAAAAGUUUGGUCUUAUCACAAAGUUGUUGGUUAAAUUAAAGUUUGAAUCAAUGGAAGUUGGGGGGUUUGUGUAGCUUAUGGUUUAUAAAUUGUGUAGUUUUGAUAGCGACAGA